UCCUGCACGCCCCCCACUGGGGAUGUGCCCGCAACCAGGGUACAUGCCCUUGACCGGAAUCGAACCCGGGACCCUUGAGUCCGCAGGCCGAUGCUCUAUCCACUGAGCCAAACCAGUUUGGCUGGACGAAUUUUUCAUACUGGCCUGGGAACUCUAGGUCAGGAGGUCCCAUGGUGGGAGCUACCUACAUUGGGGGUGCUAUUAACUUCUGAUUAAUGUCUGUCCUUCUUGGUGUACCCUAACAUCAUAAACUCACUUUCAGGGGGCCACAUGGCCCCUCUGGGGUUGUGCUUUGUGCCCAUCACCGCAAUGGCUCGGCCCUGGAGGCUUCAGGUGAGCUUGAACUUACAGGCCACAACUGUGCUGUACCUGAGUUGAUGCCUUGGGCCAGGUAAAAAUGUGCCAGACAGGAACUAAGGAGGAGGCCAUUUGGCUUUCUAAGAUAGACUUUUCUGGUUACUGGGAGUUAUUUUAUUUUAACGGCUAAAUCCAGGACCCCCUAAUAGGUAUAGCAGAGGUCGGUCCUGCAGAUUGGUCUCCCCUGUGUGGGUCCUACAGAUAAUAACUUUGCUGCAAAGAAGCCUUGCCCCAGGGCCAAGGAUCAACUGUGUAGAAAUGAGUUAAUAAAGCAGCCCGAGACUGCUCGCCUUGCAAAGGCCUGUUGGCAAGGUUGGCCCUUGACUGGCGACUGGGAACUUGGACUUGAGGAGGCUUCUCAUCAUUCACUAAACGAUGAGUGACUCCCUGUGCCCAAACUGUGUGUACAAACGAUGUGCUUUUGCGGAAUACCUGCUUUCCCUGUGGGAAUCUGGAAUUCGGUGUCUGCUAGGCGGAGGGUGCCUAUGCAGCCCGCCCCAGUGAAAGUCCUGGCACCGAGUCCCUAACCAGCUCCCAUUCUGCUGGUGUGGUCACAGUGCAUGGCUGGAGGAACGCGGUGUGUCCUGUGCCCCUUCCCUGGGAGAGGACUCGGGGAAGCUUGCGCCUGGUUUCCUUCCCACUUUGCCUGUGCGCCCUUCCCCCAGCUGGUUCUGCUUCACAGCCUUUCUCUGUUACAUCAUAUGUGGCCAUAAGUAGGGCUGUCUUCUGAGUGAGUUUCCUAGUGAAUCACUGAACUGGGGGGUGGUCUUGGGGACCCCCUACACAAGACACAAGGGGGAUAUCUGAGGGAUCGGUAGCGUUCUCUCAGUCUGGGUGCUGUUUACAUGGGGUGUUUAAUUUGUGAAAAUUCACUGAGCUGUGUAAUUAUGAUAUGUAUUCUCUUUCUGUAUGUAGAGUUAACUUCAAUAAAAAGAAAAUAGAAGACUAUACACCACAGAGAUUAAAAAAAGACUUAAUUUAAAAAACAAGCCACUCCCUUUCAUUAGCAAACAUUUGCCCUCCCUUUUACAGGCAUUGCACUGGGAGCUCGGGACAUGGGGUAGGAAGGACAUCAUCGUUGCCGCGCAGUUUUUUGGGAGGCAGGUGAAGAGUCCUUACAAUGUGGCUGAUUUUUGCUGGGCUCUAGCAGAGACACAGAAGGGUGACAGGGCACAGAGAAAGGGCUUCUAACUUGGCUAUUUUGCCACUCCAGGGUUGCCAUUCAGAUAUCUACAGUAGCAAGAUAGGCAAAUGGUCAAAGGUGGCAGGUGGGGAGCUGGGAACUUUGGCAGAAUGGGAAAUCGUGCAGGCAUAGAGUUGCCAGAGCUGCUAGUUUUGUUUUUGUUUUUCAGGAAAAGCCAUGGGUCUGAAUUUUGUGAGCGCUCUCUUGAUUUUUAAGUGCUUUAAAUAAAUCCAAAUGUUAAAAUGGGGAGGGGGGGGCUAAAAAAAAAUAAAGUGGGGCCAAACAAAACACCUGCGGGCCAGAGUUGGCAUUGGCCUGUCAGUUUGCCAGGCAGUCUGCCAACCAGCCAUCCCUCCCUCUGACCGAACACUGAAGGUCUACUCUUUUAGGCACUGGGAAGCACAGCAGUGAGCAGGCCACACGUGCUUGUGCACUGGGGGGCUCUGGUAUGGAGCUUCUCAAACUUAAGUAUGUGUAGGAAUCACCUGGCAGUUGUACUCAGGAGGUCUGCAGCGGGCCUGAAAAGUUGUCUAACAAGCUGCCAGGUGAUGGUAAUGGUGGUCCCUGGACCGUAGGUUGAGUAGCUUGUUCUGUAAGCCAGGGUCACAGAAACAGCUGUUACUUGGAGAGGAGUAGGGACCUUGACAUGAAGAUGCAAAUUUAUGGCAAGCAUCCUGUUUUGGAUUUUAGUUCAUUGGGGGUGGCUCGGAAGAAAAUUGAUGGCAUGGGAGGCAGGUUCUAAGGCUCUCCCACGCUCGCUCUCGGGUCUCUAUUCGGAGUUUAUAUUCUAGAAGACGGGUGGGGGUGGAGGAAGGUUUAAGGAAAGCUUCCUGGAGGAGGUACUUCCCGGGCUUCGGAGAGGGAGAAACCCAGAACUCCUGCUCGGUUAUGGCCCAGGCAUCCCACGUGCCUACCGUCCCGGACUCCCUGUCAAUCAACACACCCUUUCUUCCCCUCCCCGCCCCCCAAUUCCCCGCCGCUCGGGCUGUGCUGUUUAAAGGCGGCUGCGGGGCCGAGCGCACCCAGAGUGCCGCGCGGCGGGCGGGUUUGGAUUUUAAAUCCCCGCGGCCAAUCAGCGGCGCGUAGACCUUUGUAACGUUCCCGGCGCCGCGUUUGAAUUCGAGGAGGAGCCGAGCGGUGUCAGCCUCUGCCCAGACCCUGCUAGAUCGGCUCGGGGAGUCCGGGAGCAUGAGUGCGGCGGCGGCUGCAGGGAAGCUGGCGCGGGCACCGGCCGACCCAGGGAGAGCCGGCGGCCCCGGCGUUGCAGCUCCGGGGGCUCCAGCGGCCGCCCCGCCGGGGAAAGAGAUCCCGGAGGUCCUAGUGGACCCACGCAGCCGGCGGCGCUAUCUGCGGGGCCGCUUUCUGGGGAAGGGCGGCUUUGCCAAGUGCUUCGAGAUCUCGGACGCGGACACUAAGGAGGUGUUCGCGGGCAAGAUCGUGCCCAAGUCGCUGCUGCUCAAGCCGCACCAGAAGGAGAAGAUGUCCAUGGAGAUAUCCAUUCACCGCAGCCUCGCCCACCAGCAUGUCGUCGGCUUCCACGGCUUCUUCGAGGACAACGACUUCGUGUUCGUGGUGUUGGAGCUCUGCCGCCGGAGAUCUCUCCUGGAACUGCACAAACGGAGGAAAGCACUGACGGAGCCCGAGGCUCGCUACUAUCUGCGGCAGGUGGUCCUUGGCUGCCAGUACCUGCACCGAAACCGGGUCAUUCACCGGGACCUCAAGCUAGGCAACCUCUUCCUGAACGAGGACCUGGAGGUGAAAAUAGGGGAUUUUGGACUGGCAACCAAGGUCGAAUAUGACGGGGAAAGGAAGAAGACCCUGUGCGGAACUCCUAAUUACAUAGCUCCUGAGGUGCUGAGCAAGAAAGGGCACAGUUUCGAGGUGGAUGUGUGGUCCAUUGGGUGCAUUAUGUAUACCUUGCUAGUGGGCAAACCACCUUUUGAGACAUCUUGCCUAAAAGAGACCUACCUCCGGAUCAAGAAGAAUGAGUACAGUAUUCCCAAGCACAUCAACCCCGUGGCCGCCUCCCUCAUUCAGAAGAUGCUUCAGAGCGACCCCACCGCCCGCCCCACCAUCCACGAGCUGCUCAGCGAUGAGUUCUUUACCUCUGGCUACAUCCCCGCCCGACUGCCCGUCACCUGCCUCACCGUCCCCCCCAGGUUCUCCAUUGCUCCCAGCAGCUUGGACCCCAGCGGCCGGAAGCCUCUCUCAGUCCUCAAUAAAGGUACGGAGAACCCCAUGCCUGAGCGGCCCCGAGAGAAAGAGGAGCCCGCGGUCCGGGAGACCAAUGAGGCGGUCGACUGCCACCUUGGGGAUAUGCUGCAGCAGCUGCACAGCGUCAACGCCUCCAAGCCCUCGGAGCGGGGGCUGGUCAGGCAAGAGGAGGCCGAGGAUCCCGCCUGCAUCCCCAUCUUCUGGGUCAGCAAGUGGGUGGACUACUCGGACAAGUACGGCCUUGGAUACCAACUGUGUGACAACAGCGUGGGGGUGCUCUUCAAUGACUCGACUCGCCUCAUCCUCUACAACGACGGAGACAGCCUGCAGUACAUAGAGCGUGACGGCACAGAGUCCUACCUCACCGUGAAUUCCCAUCCCAGCUCCUUGGUCAAGAAGAUCACCCUCCUUAAGUAUUUCCGGAACUACAUGAGCGAGCACUUGCUGAAGGCAGGGGCCAAUAUUACACCACGGGAAGGUGACGAGCUGGCCCGGCUGCCCUACCUGCGCACCUGGUUUCGCACCCGCAGUGCCAUCAUCCUGCACCUCAGCAAUGGCUGUGUGCAGAUCAACUUCUUCCAGGACCACACCAAGCUCAUCCUGUGCCCGCUGAUGGCCGCCGUGACUUACAUCAACGAGAAGCGGGACUUCCGCACGUACCGCCUGAGCCUCCUGGAGGAGUUUGGCUGCUCCAAGGAGCUGGCCAGCCGGCUCCGAUACGCCCGCACCAUGGUGGACAAGCUGCUGAGCUCGCGCUCAGCCACCAACCGCCUCAAGGCCUCCUCGUAGGCCCGCCCCCUUGGGACUGGUGCCCCCGUGACCCCCACCAGCACCUUGGCCCGUUCUGGUCAGCUCCCCUGGCCCUGGUUUUUAUAGUGUGCCCCAGCCCUGGGCGUGGAGAGCCAUUACAGAUGGGGCUGCUGUGUAAGUUAUUUUUGUACAUGUUUGCGUGUGGGUUCUAUGGCCCCUCCCUUCCCUCUCACCCGCACUGUAUGUACAGAAUGUUGCUGUUGGAUCCAGGACUGUCCUUUCCCCGCCUUUAUACACAUUAAACACAUGAGAACCUUU